ACCUAGUAUACCAGCCAGCAUAGGACCUUGGAGACCUGGGUCUAAUCCGAUUGCAAGUAAGAAAUGGAAGUUAGAGGUGAUUCCCCUAGUGAAGUCAAUAAGAGGGCCUCUUCUACAGCAGAUUCUUCAGAGGAAUCAAAUCUUAGUAAAAGUAAUGUUCUUAGUAAUUCCCUUGUCAUAUCUGAGCAAGCUGCUCCACUGACGCCGCCGUGGCCUGUAUCAUCACUAGAAGCUUAUACUCAAAGUGGUGUUGAUGGGAGCAUGCAAAAUGGAUCAACAACCCAAUCCCCUCCAAUUCAAACAAUGGGGCGAUCUGGAGGCUAUGACCCGAACCGGAUUCCAUCGUCUGUUUUUGCUAGUAAACCGACAACACCUUUGGAAUGGAGUGUUGCUUCAAGUGAAUCAUUGUUUAGCAUUCACGUGGGAAAUGCCAGUUUCUCAACAGAAUUUGCCCAGUUGGGUAAGUCGGGAGAAUUGACCAAGUCUCAGGAGUUGAUCUUUCCAUCUGGCCUGCCUCCUGUUACUGAAGCUGCAGAUAUGGACAGAAGCAGCCAAGAUAUGGAGAAGGGCUCAGGAGUAAGAGAAACAUCAUCUCAAACCACAAAAGAAGUUUUUAGGGAAAAUGCAGAAGAUCAUGGCAAGGAAAAGAUGCCUCCUGCUGAAGGUUUCCGGAAUUCUGCUAGCUCUCAUCAUUCUGAUGGAAGUAUUAAUAGCACCCUCUCUUUUGCAUUCCCAGUAUUGGACGGUAAUGGCGGAAGAAGCAUCUCAGUAAAGGUGGACACAGAGAAGCACCAGCAGCAGGAGCAGCCACAGCCCCAGCCCCAGCCACAGCCACAAUCAUUGCCACAUGCCCCUGAAGCAACCCAAAAUGCUGCUGCAACCAAAUGUCUCUUCACAUCUGUUCCAGUGUUGAAGGCAUAG